GAAGGAGAGACUAGAAAGACAAUUAAUGGUUGAUAACUGUCAAAAUUAUGAAGAGACCGCGGAAUGCUGACUGCGGAAAAAUACGAAGACCGCUGAAAAGGAACAAGAUAACGGAUGGUAUCUAUGGGAGAGUUUUCAGGUUUUGUUCAGGGAGAAUCAGACAACUUUCCAGACUCCACAUUUUUAAAGGCCUCAAAAAUUUAGAAUCGAAGAGCACAUUCCUGUAUCUGCGUUUUUUGCUGGUUUGGGCGCUGGUGCUGAUGGCUGAUUUCAUCCUUGAGUUCCGUUUUGAGUACCUCUGGCCAUUCUGGCUCAUGCUACGAAGUGUUUGUGACUCCUUUAAGUAUCAGGGACUGGCUUUCUCUGUCUUCUUUGUCUGCAUCGCCAUCACAUCAGAUGUCAUCUGCUACCUGUUCAUACCUGUUCAGUGGCUCUUCUUUGCAGCUAGCACCUAUGUGUGGGUGCAGUAUGUUUGGCACACAGAACGAGGUAUAUGCCUUCCAACAGUAUCACUCUGGCUUCUCUUUGUCUACAUUGAAGCAUCUGUUAGACUGAAAGAGUUGAAGAGCUUGCCAUACUACUUAGACCUUUGUAGACCUUUUGCAGCACAUUGUAUUGGCUAUCCUGUCGUCACAUUAGGCUUUGGUUUCAAGAGCUACAUCUCAUACAGACUAAGACUGCGCCGGCAAAAAGUAGUGCAGAAAGAGAAUGAAUUCUACAUGCAGAUAUUACAGCAGGCCCUGCCUCCAGAAAUGCAGUAUACAGAUAAACCAAAAGCUUUACCAUCCAAAGCAGAAGAGGAAGUAAUCUCCAACGGCGUACCAGGGAAAAAGUUAUCCAAGGCGGAGGAGGAAAAGGAGGGCAAGAAAUCCUCCUCCGCACCCUCAUCACCCUCCUCCAAAAGCACAGAUGUCAACGAAGAUGAUGAGUUAGAAUACAUAGAAAAAAGUUUACCCAAAAAACAAGCCAAUGUCAAUCAGUUUGACGAAAUCUCAGACAGUUUUUCGGGGGGUGAGCCACCCACAAAAGCAUUUAAAACGACAAAUGGGGUGGCGACGGCCGUAGCAGGUGUUUCGUCGGCAGCAGCAAUGGCAGUGGCAGCAGCGGCAGCAGCAGGGACAAGUAAGACCGUCAGCAAGCAGCUCAACAGUAGUAAAGACAAUAGUGCCAAGAAAGGGAAAAACUAUUGGAAGGAACAGCUGCCUCCAGCUGCCACUUUCACAAACAACAAAGAUGAACAUAUUAGUAGAUUAGAGGCUGAUAUAAAAAAACUGAAGGCUGACUUACAGAGCAGUCGCAACACAGAGCAAGAGCUUCGGGUACAGAUCAACAGCUUAACAGCCGGAGAAAAGUCCACACGCUCUGAGCUGUAUCAGCUACAACAAGACAAUGAAAAUUUACAAAACAAGCUUCACAACCUGGUCACUGCACGACAGCAAGACCGUUCAGCUUUGGCAGCACUUGAGCGGCGACUGGCAGAUGAGAAGCGAACACGAGCAGCUGUGGAGCAGCAGUUACAGGCUGAACGCAAAACCAAGAAGGCAGAGGAAGCUGCUGCUGCUCGUGCAGUUGCAAUGGCAGCAGCUGCUCGGACUGGGGAAUGUACAGAUAGUUGCAAAGCUCGGCGUCGAGACUUAGAAAAUGACAUAAAACAGUUGCGGCGGGACCUCAAGAUUCGAGAAGACCAGUAUCGUCAGCUUGAACGAGAAGUCCAGGCUGGGUGUGGUGUGUGCACACAGUCAAUGCGACAGUUCAAAGAUGCUCAGAAGGAGGCUGAAGUUCUGCUAAAAGCACUAUCAGCCAUGCAAGAUAAGAACAUAGAACUGGAGAAUAGUCUUACAGCAGAGACACGGUUUAAACAAGACCUUUUCUCAGCCUUGGGUGAGGAGAGACGGGUCAUCAAGGUGCUGCAGAACUCAAUUCGGGAGAAGGACUGUGAGAUCACAGAACUCAAAUCCAAGAUAGCAGAAGUGAUGGCUCUUAUCCCUAGCACCAGCACCUACCAGUCUUUGGGUUCUGAACGCACUUCCUCCCCACUGUUCUCCUCCAGUUUUAGGCAGGAGGACAUUGCUGUUGCCUCCGACCUCAACCCAAACGCCUCAGAUUAUACUCCGAAGACUGCCAUCUAGAAGUCCGCCACCUAUUUGUCUUCUACCAGCAGCAGCAACAACUACAACAGCAGUGAUUACCACAGCUGCCAACAGCAGAUACAACUGACUGGCAUUCUCUGAAUCUAAGUUUAACAACUCCCUUCACUGCCAUGUUCUUGUAGCUCAUGUUCUACUUCUAAUUUAGCAUUGAAGACAACAUUGUUCCUUCUCCAACGCAACCUCCUAAUAAAAUAUUACUAAUUCAGUGAUGAUUUUUUUUUUUCACUCCUUUCAGAGAUUAUUACUAGGUUAAGAUUUGCUGAAGUCCAACUUCAUGGUAGUGAUAUUGAAAAGACAACAACUUAAAAGGACCCCACACCAAAAACUUAAACCUUCCGUGUGCUUGCAUGAACACAUAAUGUAUGCAUCCACACACACAUAAGCAUGCAUGCAAACCACCAUUCAUCUGUGCAUAAAGAAAUUCGUGUGGAUUAUUUUAGCUUCAUUAUUAAAACAGUAAUUUUUUUUUUUUUUUUUGAGGACAGUAGAAUUUUGAAACAACAGCUGAUCUCAACGUGUGAUACAUAUUCUAUUUCACAGAGUGGUUAUUAUUCACAGUGACAGUGAAUGACUAGUAACAGCAGUAACUGGACUAAAGUAGCGCAAUUUCUCACUUGCUGAUCUAGUCAUCUUGAAGAUGCACAGAUUUGCCUCUUCUUCAUCUUACUGAACUUUUGAAGAAAAAUACAGCUUAUCUCCCCUGCCUGAUUGCUUGCAUACAACACACUACACAGGGUAAUCUUGUUUGGCUCAAGCCUCGUGAAACAGCCCCUCUUUCACACAGGAAGUCAGCUGUUUUUCAUUCUUAUCGGUUUGGCCUAGACUCCAUCGAUCCAUUGGCAGCUGAUUAUUGAUGUUCACACUAAAUUUUACUUGAUGAGCAUCUGCCUGCCAUUUUUUUUUCCCCAUCUGUUUGAAGUCUUUGUUUCAAGCCUGCUGCCUGUGGCCACUGAGUUGGUGCUGCCAUUAUAUGUGUUCCAAGUUUAGUUUCUCCCCCCUUCCCCCAAUGCUGAAACACUGCUGGGGUUGUGUGUUUUGGCGUCAGUGGACUGCAUUAUGUCAAUGUGCUCAUCUUUGCAGUGACAUUGUUUUUUGACAGGCUGGGUUCAUGGCUGACUGUUUUUUAGUAAUUUCAGCAGAGACAAGAAACUGUUUGUAUGAUUUUGUUAGUUCUUUCCUGGUUGUUUUAAUUUCUGACUUAAAAUGCUUUAAAAUGGUAACAUAAUUGGUUGGUCAGUGUCGUAUGCUGCAAGGUAUUAAAAAUGUGAGGAGAAUGGUUCUAGAAGUUAAAUUUGAAACAAAAACAUACCUUAUUUCAGUUAGCUACAUAGCAUGAGAUUUGCAUUGGUAGUGUGGGUUGGACUGAAUUUCUCUUUGAGUUUACUUGUGAUGCUUGGUUUACCGUUUGUUAAACUGGAGAAGGGGAAAAAUGAGCUUUAUAGUUUUCUUCCUGAGUAUAUCACAUAUCAAAGGACGCUGGGAAUCUGGAAACAGAAUAGCCAUGGAGAUACUUAUCAGAUUCAAUUUUUACAAUAUCGAGAUGGAGAAUUAAUGUGACAUUAGGGGGAAAAAAAUCCAUGUGCUUUAAGGUACACAAAAGAGCUUUUGCCUUUGUUUAGUUCAGUGAUCUCAGUAGAGAAUUCAACACAGACACUACAGUGGUGCUUUGCCUUAUAAUGUGACAAUGCCUAGCUGAUGCCGCCUUUUUAUAAGCCAACAUUUAAAAACUCAGCAAUCUUGGUAAAUGUCCAGAAUAGCUGUUAAAAAAGUUAAUUUGCAUAUUAUUGGAAAAGUUGUGAAAGUUAUUUUGUCAGCAGUUGUAAUAUGCAUCUCCAGUUUUGACAAAAUGACAUUGCUCCUGUGCCUUGUUGUACUGUCUAGAAUCUUGAGUGUUGAUUUUUUUGUGCCAUAAAAAAAUGUUAUAAUUUAAGUCUCUGUCUAAAGUCAACCAUGUAGGUUUUUUCAAGAGCUUUUAACCACAGGCUGAAAACCACAAAAUCAUAUGUUGGUUGGUUGUUUUUUUAAGUUUGAUGCAAAGUUUCAUUAGUUAUAUAUCAUCUGACGCCAACAGUAUUUUAAGCUGAGACUUAUGGAAGAGCACAUGCUUCUCUUAUGUUUAUGGGAGUCAGUGGGGUCUAAAAUAAUUUAUAUCUGGAGUGUAGUGUCAUCUUCAGCUCUUGCUUUUAGUAAUUUUGUUUUAAAAUGAAAAAAGUCUCUCCAUUGUCUGGCACCAUCUUGAGAAAGUUCCAACACCACUGAUGUAUGGUGUGGAUGUACAUGAAUUGUAUGAAAUAUGGAUGUUGUAAUGUGUGACUAAGUGAUCCUCAUGUUGUGUCAAGAAUGGUUAAACUGUUGCAAAACUUUACAGUCCUUUUGUUAUUCAUUCAGUACUUUAUUUUUCUCCUUUUUAUCCCAAUAUUUCCAUUUUGGUUAAAAUUGAUUGCAGAUUAUUUCUCUCCUCUUAGGACAGGAAACAAUCUCCUGUAAAAAUAUGUGUUUAUUUAUAUCAUUAAAAUAUGUUUAUGUCCAUGGUCACACAUGACAAACAUUUGGCUUACUGUAAUCAUAAGGUGAAUUGUGUUUAAAGUAAAUUCUGUAGAGCAUCACAGAUUGAAUGGGAUACUUUUUUUUAAUUUUUUUAAUAUUUUAACUAGGUGAUCUUUUUAAAGCUCAGCAUGUGUUCCACAUUUGGAGUUUAAUUACAUUUUGAUAAUACUGGCACUUUAUCAUAAAAAUGCAUUGCUAGAUUUUCCUCUCUUUCUCCUGUCUAUCUUAACUGUGGAGG